GGGUCAGGCCUGGGCCUAGUUGCCGGCCAGGGCCAUGAUGGCUGCAUUGGCAUGCCAUUGAUGCGGGAGACUCAAAGUCAGUACGGUACUGUUGAUCAGGAGGCCAUUCACCAUUGGUAGGUGCGUAGGUGGCGCUUCCCAAGCCUGCAUUUGCGGCAUUGAUACCCUGAGCCGUACAAUGAGCUGAUUGCCCAGCAAGACGCAAGACGGGCUGAGAGGGCGGUAAAGAUGCUUCUCGCUGGGCGAAGCAGAGGCCGCAUGGUGGUGGCUGGGUCUACCACUGUCAUUCAGGAGGGGGAUUUGGUCAUCGUUUAUGAGAGCCACGACCGGAUGAAAGCUGUGAAGGUCUCGGCAAAAGAGACACUCCAGAACCGUUUUGGCAGCUUCAAGCACAGCGACUGGAUUGGAAGACCUUUUGGGAGCAAGGUCCACUCAUGCACCCAGGGUGGCUUCGUGCACCUGCUCGCCCCUACUCCAGAGUUGUGGACCCUGGUCUUGCAACACCGCACGCAGAUUCUGUAUGCACCGGACAUCAGCCUGGUGGUGUCCUUCUUGGAGCUGAAGCCAGGCAGUGUGGUGCUGGAGUCGGGCACCGGCAGCGGCUCCCUCACCACCUGCCUCGCCAGGGCCGUGGCCCCCACAGGGCAUGUGCACACCUUUGAGUUCCAUGAGCCGAGGGCGAUCGCAGCGCGGGAGGAGUUUCUUCGCAAUGGCCUGGACGGCCUAGUGACGGUGCGUGUGCGCGAUGUGGAGGCGCAGGGGCUGCCUGCUGAGCUGGCGGGCCAGGCGGACGCCGUGUUCCUGGACCUGCCCGGGCCCUGGAACGCGGUACCCUCCGCCGCGCGCGUGCUGCGCCCUGAUGCGCCCUUCUGCUCCUUCUCCCCCUGCAUCGAACAAGUGCAGCGCACCUGCGAGGAGCUAGCCGCACACGGGUUUGCAGAUGUGCGCGCCUUCGAGAUUCUGCUGCGCACGUACGAUGUCCGCUCAGAAGCAUGCAGCGCACAGCUCCUUGGCGCGGCCGAGAGCGUGCCGAAUGGGAAACGUACCAAAGCGCAAGGGGGGUCAGAGCAGAAACGACAGAAAUCAGACGCGGCACAGCGGGGUGUGAAUGACAGAUCCGAGUCUGCGUCAGGAACGGCUGAUGAGGGAGAAGGGGACGCAACAGGGACUCGGAGCCGGGCCAGUAAUGUAGGUAAAGUUGAGGGGUCAGCUGUCCCAAGUGGAACAGAAGGUAGUGAUCCGGCUCCCACCACUGAGGCAAGGGACGCAACUGAAGAGCAAUCGAAAUCAGUUCCUUCCACGCUUGGCAGCGUGGGAAAGGUGAUACUAGCCCGACCAACAGCCGAAACACGAGGACACACAGGAUACUUGACGUUUGCUCGACGUGCAUGUUCAGGGGCAUAAGCUUAUGAGACGAAGUGCAGCACCGUUAGUAAGGAGGUGUCCACUGCAUGUUUUUGAGCACAGCCUUCUUAUUGUCCUCAUCGUUGAUGAGUUGUGAUCCUUUGCAACCAUCUACUAAAUGCUGAAAUUCUCGCAAACAAUCGCAGAGCUUGAGUUCGCCGUUUCCGUUUUUUGAAUUGGAGGAAACGGUGUACUUGAAGAGCA